AUGUUGUUCUGUGUCAAUGAGAAGAAUGCCCAAAUGACCGAAGUGGUCAGCGGCUUGUAUAUCUGUGGUGUGACAGCUUUGACUGCGGAAAAUAUGCAGAAAUACAACAUCGCGUUGAUCGUUAACGCCACCACUGAAGUGCCUAAUGCUCGUAGCCUUGGCUCAAUCGCUCGUGUAAAGCUCUGGCUGGAGGACACCACAAAAGCUGACCUCUACCCGCAUUUGCACUUACUGUGUGAUCAAAUUGAAGAAGCCAUCUCACAAGGUGCCAAUGUCCUAGUGCAUUGUGUGGCCGGUGUGUCACGAUCUGCGGCCAUCUGUCUUGCGUUCCUUGUCAAAUACCAUAAUAUGUCACUUCGUGAUGCCUACUUCCAUAUGGCUUCAAGACGGCCUUUGGUCAGACCGAAUCUCGGUUUCUGGAGACAACUGAUCGCCUUCGAACAGGAAGUGACCGAAACAUGUGGUUCAGUGCGAUUGGUUCGUUUGAAUGAUCAACUCAUUCCCGAUGUUUACGUCCAACCUGAGGAGGAGAAAACCACUCAAAGGCCAUCCAGGAUCAGUGCACGCCCAACAAAAAGACAUAUGAAGUUCAUGCCUGCCCUUGAGACACUCACUGAAAUUGCCGAAGCUGCAGCGUAA